GAACAUUUUAAUAAGUGAUCCUUCUUAGUAAAAUCAAGUUAAAUGAAAUAAUAUUUAAAACCCAUAAACCAGUCUUUACAUGGAUCUUCUCUGCCAUCAGCUAGUGCAACACAAGCACAACUAUCAUGACAAGAUGAUCAUUAGUUAUUGCUUUUGCCAUUUUCCUAGACACAUUUUGAAUGCCUGAAGGCCCCAAAUUAACUAAUGCUCUAGUCACAAGAAGCUAUGAUAAACUUUUUUCAAACUAAAUAAUGACUUUUCUCAUCAGAUAUUGCUACUAUUCCAAGGAGCCUUUACUAUACAGCUUUAUGUAGGGAAGUCCUGAAAGAGUCUGUGUUAUUUCUCCUCAUACGAAACAGAUUUUCUGGGCAAAUCUCAAUAAGAAUCAAGCCGUUGUUGAAGGCAUGAAAAGCCAAGAAUCUAUAGAAUGUCACUUGAGAGCAUGUUAUUGAAGACACAAAGAGAAGAUUUGUAUUUUAAAAGAAAAUCAAAAAGUUGUCCCUCUGACUUCUGAAUCUGCAUAACUGUCAGGGGCUUUUGAAAAAGGCUUUGAACAACGUGAUAAAAACUGGAGGAAGUAACCACAAAAGUCUCAAACCCUGAGAUGUCCUGGUUCAUUGUAGAAUACACUUGGUGUGAUGCCUCCACAGGAAAUUUUUUAUUUUUUGCUUUCUUGAAUUGUAACAAACACAAUUCCAGGACAGAGCUGAGACUAGGUUGCUGUCAAGAUGAAGACAGCUGGGAACCAAUCAGCGCGCAGUGGCGCUGUGUGUAUAAAUACAGAGACGUUCGGAGGCCCAGCUACUCAACUCAGAGACUUUAUUUUUUUACUGUUAGGCAACCAAACCGACAAUCAUGUCUGAAACUGUACCUGCCGCGCCUCCUGCUGCUUCUCCUGCGGAGAAAACACCCGUGAAGAAAAAGGCCCGCAAGUCCACCGGUGCCGCGAAGCGCAAGGCGUCCGGGCCCUCGGUGUCCGAGCUCAUCACCAAGGCUGUCGCCGCCUCCAAGGAGCGCAACGGCCUAUCUCUGGCUGCGCUCAAGAAGGCACUGGCUGCCGCCGGCUACGAUGUGGAAAAAAACAACAGCCGCAUCAAGCUGGGUCUCAAGAGCCUGGUGAGUAAGGGCACCCUGCUGCAGACCAAGGGCACCGGGGCUUCCGGCUCUUUCAAGCUUAACAAGAAGGCGGCCACCGGGGAGGCCAAGCCCAAGGCGAAGAAGGCGGGCGCGGCCAAGCCCAAGAAGGUUACCGGGGCGGCUAAGAAGUCCAAGAAAGUCAUGGGUGUGGGCACCCCGAAAAAAACCGCUAAGAAGACCUUGAAGGUGAAGCCUACUACUGGGGCCAAGAAAGUGGCCAAAAGCCCGAAAAAGGUGAAGACAGCCAAGCCCAAGGCGGUCAAGAGCCCAGUCAAGGCUAAAGUUCAUAAGCCCAAGGUAGCCAAGCCUAAGGCGGUCAAGCCAAAAAAGGCGAUCCCCAAGAAGUAGGAGCAUUAAGAGGAUUAGUUUCUUAACGGCUCUUUUCAGAGCCACCCAACUCCUCUUAAAAGAGCUUGUAAUA